AUGCGCUCGCCCUCGUCGCCGUCGGCCGCGGCCGCGCCGCGGUACUACUACGAGGACGGCCGGGGGAAUAAGGUGUGGGUGCAGAACCUCUCGCUCGACUACGACGCCCUGCGUCCCUCGGGGGGCGGGUGGCGCGGCCGCCGGCAGGAGCGCAGUGCGACUCCCUGCGGUGCGCCCCGUCCGCCGCCGCCCGCCAGGGGCGUGUCUGCGCGGACGGAGUGGCGUCGGCAAACGCCCUCCCGCGGGGCCGACGCCCCUCCCACGCGGUGCACGUGCGACUGCCCGCUGCACUCCGCCCUUCCGCCGGGCGCCGGCGUGGCGUGGACGUUUCUCCCGGAGGCCUCCCUUGCGGGGGUGAUUCACACCGUCGAUGACGCCGAGUUCAUCCUGGCGAAGCUCCGCGGCGAGGAACGCCUUCUCCGCGGUGCGCACGUGUGGUGA